GGGCGCGCGCUCCGCGGCAGAGGCGGAGCGCUGCCGGCACUCCCGCGUCCCGCCGGGCCACGCGCGCACCUCUCCUCCGCUCUAUGGUCAUCGUAGAGACCCACGGCGGUGGCGGAUCAAUACUGGGACGGCGGCGGCCGUGGCGCCGUGGGGAACAUGGCGACGCUGGUGCUGGAUAACGGCGCCUACAACGCCAAGAUCGGCUACAGCCACGCGAACGUCAGCGUUAUUCCCAACUGUCAGUUCAGGUCAAAGACUGCGCGCUUGAAAACCUUUACGGCAAAUCAACUGGAUGAAAUCAAGGAUCCCUCUGGUCUUUUUUAUAUUCUUCCCUUUCAGAAAGGUUACUUGGUGAACUGGGAUGUUCAGAGACAGGUUUGGGAUUAUCUCUUUGGAAAAGAAAUGUAUCAAGUGGAUUUUGUAGACACCAAUAUUAUUAUUACUGAACCUUAUUUUAACUUCAGUUCAAUACAAGAAUCUAUGAAUGAAAUUCUAUUUGAGGAAUAUCAGUUUCAAGCAGUUCUUAGAGUAAAUGCUGGAGCUCUUAGUGCACACAGGUAUUUCAGGGAUAAUCCAUCUGAGCUGUGUUGUAUCAUCGUGGACAGUGGAUACUCUUUUACCCACAUUGUACCUUAUUGCAGAAGUAAAAAGAAGAAAGAGGCAAUCAUCAGGAUUAAUGUUGGAGGGAAACUCUUAACCAACCAUCUAAAGGAGAUCAUCUCUUACAGGCAGCUACAUGUUAUGGAUGAAACACAUGUAAUUAAUCAAGUGAAAGAAGAUGUGUGUUAUGUUUCUCAAGACUUUUACAAAGACAUGGACAUUGCCAAAUUGAAAGGAGAGGAAAAUACUGUAAUGAUAGAUUAUGUUUUGCCAGACUUCAGCACAAUCAAAAAAGGAUUUUGUAAGCCAAGGGAAGAGAUGGUGUUAAGUGGAAAAUACAAGACUGGUGAACAAAUACUUCGUCUAACAAAUGAAAGAUUUGCAGUUCCAGAAAUACUUUUCCAUCCUUCGGAUAUUGGUAUUCAAGAGAUGGGAAUUCCUGAAGCCAUUGUUUAUUCUAUUCAGAAUUUACCUGAAGAAAUGCAGCCUCAUUUCUUCAAGAACAUAGUCCUGACUGGGGGAAACACCCUUUUUCCAGGCUUCAGAGAUCGGGUUUAUUCUGAAGUUCGAUGUCUUACUCCAACUGACUAUGAUGUUUCUGUUGUUCUUCCUGAAAACCCUAUUACUUAUUCUUGGGAAGGUGGGAAGCUCAUUUCUGAAAAUGAUGAUUUUGAAGACAUGAUAGUAACCAGAGAAGACUAUGAAGAACAUGGACACAAUAUCUGUGAAGAGAAAUUUGAUAUAUAGGUGGUAUAGUUUGGUAUGCUGUUAUUCCAUUGAUUUACUUAGAAUGGAAUUCUUUGAACUACAACCUCUUUUCCAUCAGCUAGGAUUGUGUUUUAGCUUUCCUGUAUUGAAUUGGGUUGAGAAAAAAUAAUUUUAAGAGUUUAGAAAUAAAGUUUUACAAGUGUAAUACUAUGAAAUAAUAUGUUCAUUGCAAUUUCAUUAUGUUUGUAUCUUUUCUGUUAGCUUCAUUGUAUUUUUAUUGCAGAACACCUCAGUGCAUGAGGCAGUAAAAAUAUCAAAUGUUUGUACAGGUGUGAUGCUAAU